CGAGCGGAUGUCGUAUACAAAAAUGAAAACUUGGGAUCACCUAAGAUUUGUACAAUCAUUUCAUUAAAAAGUUUUUUGAAUUGUACCUGAUUAUUAGUGGAUCCGUUGAAAUACAAACUUUGAAUUCGAUGACAGCUGCGAUGUUUCUCUUAAAAUUAUCCCAAAAAGCGAUAUCCUAUGGCAUAGUAUUGCUUCUUAUCGAAGCGAUAAGCAUUAUUAAAAGUCAUGGAAACAGCGAGUCAGAUGAUGUAGGGCCUGAGUUUUUGUCAAAGCUGAGCAACAUAACGGUACCCCUAGGACGUGAUAUAUCAUUCACCUGCGUUGUUGACAACUUGGAUCAAUAUCGGGUGGCAUGGAUUAAAUCAGAUUCAAAAGCAAUUCUUGGGAUACACACACACAUGGUCUCACUAAAUCCAAGAUUAUCUGUGACGCACAAUGGGCACAAUACCUGGAAACUUCACAUAUCUCGAGUACAGAUAAAUGACUCCGGCAGUUACAUGUGCCAAGUUAAUACCGAUCCCAUGAAGAGCAUCUCUGGACACUUAGAUGUUGUUGUGCCGCCCGAUAUCUUAAGCCAUCCAGAACAAAAUCUAGAGGAAGGAGUCAGCACAGAGGGUGGAACUAUUUCACUUGUAUGCAGAGCGACAGGUGUUCCAAAACCAAAGGUACAGUGGCGUCGUGAGGCGGGAAAGGAAAUAAUACUUCGAGCGGAGAGCAGAGAUAAACAAGUUCUUAAGUCAGUGGAAGGUGAACAACUCGUUUUGACAAAUGUGCAUCGUUCCGAUAUGGGUGCCUACAAUUGCAUUGCAUCAAAUGGAAUACCGCCAUCAGUUAGCAAGCGUUUCGAUGUUCAUGUAAAUUUUUCUCCAAUAAUAAAAGCCAGUAAUCAAUUGGUCGGUGCACCCGUGGAAAGAGAGGUAACUUUAGAAUGCAUUGUGGAGGUGUAUCCCAAACCACUUAAUGGAUGGUACCGAAAUGAAGGAAAUUUUAAGCUGCACAACGGGAACAAAUAUAAUAUUACUGAGGAAAUGAUUAACUUGUACACUUGGCAUCUCAACCUCACAAUAAAACAUCUGACUAAAUCAGAUUUUGGAGCUUACAGUUGUUCAAGCGUGAAUGCGCUUGGCAAGAGUGAAUCACGCAUUCGAUUGCAAGAAUUACGACUACCGACCAAGUCGACCACGACUGCAACGCCUCACGUGCACACAACGGUUAAGCCGCGUCGGAAGCAGCCACCCAGUCAUAACAAGGGACUGAACGAAGUAGUGCGUGCCAAGGAAAGCCAUUUCUCAAAUCAAAUGCAGCAGGGGGAGGUAUACAGCGGUGGUAUUGGUGUGCUUCAUAGCGCUAACAGUGGAAAUUCUGGUGGCGCUUUAGAAGGUGGAAACGUCAACGGCAUGAUUAACGGACCGGAAGUGUACACUCAUCUACCCACACGUAGCGGAUAUGAAAAGACUUACAAUUCCCCUGGAUCCCUACCAUCACCUAGUACUCGCUGGAUAUUUACAAAUGGAGGAUCACGUCAGCAUCCGUGCACUACGAAAGCAAAAAAUGCAUCAGUGAUUUUUUUUUUGAUGUUCUGUUUACGUAUGUAUAACCACGAUUAAAAUUGCAACUCCAUUAAGUUCUUAAAAAAUGCUUAAAAAUGAGUGGGUACAGCUUAAAAAGUUUCGAAACAAUGCACCUUGAUUGGCUUUUGCCAAAAGUAAAAAUCUUUAAAUGACUCGUAUAUCCCAAUAUUCACAUUUAGAUAACUUAGAAUAGGUUUGUUUCAAGUAACUUGUAACUUGUAAGACAACGAUAAA